CGGCUUCCAAAAAACUUGUUACGUAAUAGUCGCAAAACUUGUCUAAUUUAGUGAAAUUGUUUAAUGUGACAAAAUUUUGUUUUAAAAAAAAUGUUAAGUGGCGAUGUUACUUUCUGAAAUAUAAACUGAAACUUUUAACUAAAAAGAAGUGUUACAUUACAGUACUGAGGCAAUGGCCAGCACCUUACUUAUAAAAUAAAAUUUUAAAUUUGAUAUUUUUUGGAAGAUUGUUAAGUUAAGAGUUAAGAAAGACUUAAGUUAUUUAUGCUUGUUAAAAAUUUUUAAUGCAAGCAAUUUGCAUGCAAUGUAAUAAAACGAGCCGCUUCACAUAAGCUGAGUCCGUCACUCAAAGUUAAUUUUAAAUUAAACUACUGAAAACGUGAAAACUAAUAAGAUUACUAAAAAAACUACUAAAAUUUAAAUAUUGAUGUUUCACAAUUUGGUGAAUCUGUUGAAAAUUAACUGCGCGGGAUUGUCAAAACGACACAGAAAAAUGUUAAAAAUGACUAGCAGUUUGUUUCAAAGAAAUCCUGAAAGUCCAACUGUUUCAUUGGAAACAUUAACCUUUGAUGACAAGGCUAUGAAAUGUUUGCCAAUUGAUGAAAACAAAGAAAAUAUAGUAAGAAAAGUAGAAGGAGCUUGCUACUCAAAAGUUUUGCCCACACCCAUCACAAAUCCUCAAUUAGUUUCAUUUUCAAAAUCUGCUUUGGAAUUGUUAGAUAUUUCAUUAAAAGAAGUUGAAAGAAAAGAAUUUAUUUCAUAUUUUUCGGGAAACUCAGUACUACCCGGCUCUAUUCCAUUGGCCCAUUGUUACUGUGGACAUCAGUUUGGUAGCUUUGCUGGUCAACUUGGUGAUGGUGCAGCAAUAACUUUGGGAACUGUCAUAAACAGAAAAAGUGAGAGAUGGGAAGUGCAACUGAAGGGAGCAGGUUUGACUCCCUACUCGAGGACUGCAGAUGGUAGGAAAGUGUUAAGGUCCAGUCUCAGAGAGUUUCUGUGCAGCGAGGCGAUGUACUAUUUGAAUGUGCCUACCACAAGAGCAUCUAGCAUAAUAACUUCAGAUACAAUGGUUGUUAGAGAUGUUUUUUAUGAUGGCAAUCCAAUAUUAGAAAGAUGUUCAGUUGUUUGCAGGUUGGCUCCCUCUUUCAUCAGAUUUGGAUCAUUUGAAAUUUGCAAAGGAGCUGACAGAGUAACCAACAACUAUGGGCCAAGUGUGGCACAUUCUUAUAUUCUCAAUCACCUGGCUGAUUAUGUUAUUGAAACAUUCUAUCCACAGAUAUGGGACAAUUAUAAAGAAAAUAAGAAAGUUAUGUAUACAGAAUUUUUAACAGAAGUUCUUAGGAGGACUGCCAAACUAGUUGCUCAUUGGCAAUCUAUUGGCUGGUGUCAUGGAGUUCUGAACACAGACAACAUGAGCAUCUUGGGUUUGACCAUUGAUUAUGGACCAUAUGGAUUUCUUGACCAUUAUGAUCCACACUAUAUUCCAAAUGCAUCUGAUACUGCUGGCAGAUACAUGUUUAAGAACCAGCCUUCUAUAUGCAAGUGGAAUUGCAUGAUGCUGGCAAAAAGUUUGCAAGGUCUAACAUCUGGUGUUGAAGCAGAUGUUGAGGAGUUUGAUGCGAUUUUUGAAAAAUCUUACUUGGAAAUAAUGAGGAAGAAGUUGGGGUUGUUAACAGAACAAGAAUCUGACAGACUGCUCGUUGAGGAACUUUUGGAUACUAUGAACAAAACAGGAGCUGAUUACACAAACACAUUCGUUUGUUUCAAUCAACUUCGAUUGGCUGAUUGCUUUGCAACAGAUGGCGCUGGCAACUGCAACAGCAACCAGCAACACAUCAGUGAGGUUACGAAAAUGUUGCUACAACAAUGUCCUUCUGCUGAUGAAAUGAAAUCUUAUUAUGCAACAAAAGUUGACUUCUGCACACUGGAUCGUGCACUGGAAAUUUUGCGAAGUGACUCUCCAUUAACUCAGAUGAUGAUCGGACAGAAGGAUGUAUUGCUCAAUGAGGAGUACAAGAUGAAGAGAUAUCUUUAUUACAAUAACCCAGAAUUAGAGAAAACAGAUCAUGAUAAUAAUCUUUGGACGAGAUGGUUGGAGAAGUAUGUUGCAAGAUUGAGGCAAGACUAUCAGCAGACGAAUGUAAGAACACGCGUAGGAAGUUGUGUGGACGAGCAGUUCAUUCCACGCAACUACAUAGUACAGCAGGCAAUCCAAGCAGCUGAACAUGGCGACUAUUUUCUCGUCAAUAGAAUUUUGAAACGAGUAGAAAGACCAUUUGAUGAGGAUGAAGAUGAUUACAAUUUGGAAAAUUCUGAAAUGAAGGAGAGAAGUGGCGAACCUUACAUAAAACUUUCAGAUCAUACGUGCUACCUCAAACGCCAUCCGAAACAAUCACUUCGAAACAUGCUUACCUGAUCUUCGUAAACUGACGUCACCGUGACGUCGUUUAGAAUCGACAUGCUUUGUGGAUGGUUAGACUGAGCCUUUUUUAAGCAACUCGCUAUUCUUGAGUAUCUUUUAUGUAUCGUGUUUAUAUAAAUCACGGACUGCCGCCUAUAUUUCGUUGUUUCUUAAGCUCGACUGUAUUUAAAAUGUAUUGUUCUAUUUCAAAAUCAACACCGGUGAGCUUAAAUAACGGCUAAGUCGACCAAUUAUGACGGUUGUAUUUGAAAUCCGCGAUAGUGGAGAGGUGCAACCUGAUGACCACAACAAACCAUCGACAUUCAUUUCACUUGACGCUAUCUUCAACAUUCAGUUAUGGAUGUUUUCAUUUAUUUAUUUAUUCAAACUGUUGAUGACUGCUUAUAUGAGUGUUGUUAUUGAAUAAAUAUUCAUCUGGUUGUCUUUUG